AUGGCCAAGAUUAAGGUUCGGGACCUGUACCAAGAAGGAGGAGGAGCUGCUGAACCGCUGGAGCAUCUGAAGGUGGAGCUGUCUCAGCUUCCGGUCGCCAAGGCGACAGGUGGCGCCGCAUCUGAGCUUUCUAAGAUACCAGUCGUCUGCAAAUCCAUCGCCUGUGUCCUCAUUGUCAUUAACCAGACUCAAAAAGAAAACCUCAGGAAGUUCUACAAGGGCAGGAAGUAUAAGCCUCUGGACCUGCGUCCUAAGACGGCUGGAGCCAUGCACCGCGGGCUCGCCAAGCACGAGGAGAAGCUGAAGACCAAGGAGCAGCGGCGGAAAGAGUGGCUGUUCCCGCAGCGCAAGUGUGCAGUCAAGGCCUGA